UUCCUAUCCAGACUGCAGCGGUUCCUGCCCCGUUUCCUACAGCAGCCACUUUAUGUGCUGCUUUUUCUUAGGGCCGUUGCAGCACUUGGAGCUGCCUGCUCCUAAUGGCUCUGAACCAGCUGAGGCUGAUCUCAUCCCCACAGCCUGGCUGCCAUAGGCUGGUUGCUGUCUGAAGUGGGCAAGUAGCAGAGCUCUGUGUAGGGUAAUUUCUUGUAAGUCGCAGAAAAUCAAAGGAGCAGCGCUGCUGUGACUAAGAGACUGGCCUGGGGCCUCCUGGCUGUUAGUGCAGGACUUCAAAUCAAAGACGCAGCCAUGAAAGAUCCCAGUCGCAGCAGUACUAGCCCAAGCAUCAUCAGUGAAGAUGUGAUCAUAAAUGGUCACUCUCAUGAAGAUGACAAUCCCUUUGCGGAGUACAUGUGGAUGGAAAACGAAGAGGAGUUUAACAGGCAGAUUGAAGAGGAGUUGUGGGAAGAAGAAUUUAUUGAGCGCUGUUUCCAAGAGAUGCUGGAAGAAGAGGAGGAGCACGAAUGGUUUAUUCCUGCCCGUGAUCUCCCACAAACAAUGGAUCAAAUCCAGGACCAGUUCAAUGACCUUGUUAUCAGUGACAGCUCAUCACUGGAGGAUCUGGUGGUCAAGAGUAAUCUGAAUCCAAACGCAAAGGAGUUUGUUCCUGGGGUGAAGUACUUAAAUAUUUGAGUAGACUGGGCCCUCUUUUGGUGGAUGUAGCACAAUUUCCACACUGUGAAGCCAGUAUUAGAAGAUUUAAUUGUAAAAGCUCUCUCUUCUUGUCACUGUGUUACACUUAUGCAUUGCCAAAGUUUUGUUAGUCUUGCAUGCUCAAUAAAAAGUGCUGAGACUGUUACUAAGUAAAUCUGUCAAAAGUUUAAUGGAACCAUAAUUGGGCCCUGGCUCUCUGCAAAGGAGACGGUGAGGUAGGAAGCACCAGUCAAGUUGAGAUGAAGUACCACAUUUAUAAACCUUCUGCAGACUCUGUCUUUUUAAGUAGGGCUUGGAAUUUGCUUUGGAUGGUCUGUUUUUAACUAAGAUGUGUUAACCGGUGCUAGUUUGCACCUGAUAAUGCCUUAACUUUAAAAUGAAAGCAAGGUUAUCUGAUUGUUAUGCAGAUUAGCUAACUUUCCUUUGAAUUAUCAGUAUUGUUACUAAUGUUACAUUUUCCCCUUAAAAAAUAUAUAUAUAUCCAUGCUUCUUUUGAGCAGCCUGAGCUGCUACAGGAGUCGUACAGACCUGCACAGAGUCGUAGAUCUCAGCUACUGAUCUGACAUCCCAGCGGUGGGAAGGAAGGGAUUCCCUGUGCUCGCAGUGUGUUAUCAUGUUAGCAGCCUUUCACUUCUGAAUUAUGUUACAGGACAUGUGAGUUUCAUCACAGUUUCUUCCAAGAGCCCACAUACGGACAUAGCGGUGUCUGCGUAUCUUUUAGCGUACAACUUUAUUAUAGCUGGAUUUAACCAAGCAAACCCUAGCAUUAGUGAUUUGAGUGGUGCUUUUCCCUUGCUUUGUUUAAUCAUCACUACACGAUAGUCUACAGCACAACGACUUUUUGUUUUGUUUCAUUUUUUUUUUCUUUUAAUAAAGCUAGAACAGUUUUGGCUUCUUAAACUUCAUACCUGGGUAGGUUAAGCUGCCAUACGUGUUCAGUGUGAAUAGUGUUUAAGUUGAAAAUAUUGUAAAAAAAUUAUAUUUUUUCAAAAAUAUUUAAAAAAAUAAAUAAUAGUAGAAAUGA